CACGACUUCACUGUGCUGCCCACCACUAACCAUACUUCAAAUAUUCUCGCCUUUGUUCCUCUUUCACUUUAUCCCAUCCUUUUUUACUGAAUAAUCUAAGAUCUUACAUUCAAAUCACACGUUUUCCAGAAAUCAAUCAAUCUCACAUUUAUUCACAUUCACCAUGGCCCAAGUUCUCACCAUUGCAAGCGGCACCCAGGUGCCAGCCGUGAACUUCCACGCCCAAAAAUAUUCCGUUGAUAAGCUCGAGGCAAACGAGGUCCUCAUCAAGAUGCUCGCAGCCCCAAUCAACCCCCUCGACAUCCUGGUGCUCGCAGGCGUCUACCCUGUUAAGCCAUCCCACACACACCUUGACGAGCCCAUCCUAGGCUACGACGGCGUGGGCGAGGUUCUCAAGAUCGGAAGAAGCGUGACCACCCUCUCGCCCGGUGACCUCGUUGUGCCGAGCAAGUUCGGGACAGGCACUUGGCGCACCCAUGCUGUGCUCGACGCUGCGUCACUCCAGAGGGUUACAUAUCCUACGGACCUGGCUUUCGCAUCCAUCCUCCGCAUUGGGAUCGCCCCUGCAUUCUGCCUCGUGGAAGACAUGAGAGCCUUGAAACCUGGUGACUACAUCAUCCAGAAUGCUGGAACCUCACUCCUGGCUCAGUUUGUCAUCCAGUUCGCACGCCGUCGCGGGGUUAACGUCAUCAACGUUGUCCGCGACCGCGAGGCUUACGAGCUAGAGAAAGUCGAAACGGCUCUCCGCAAGCUUGGGGCUGAAAUUGUCGUUACGGAGAGUGCCCUCGCCGGGGAUGCCCGCGUUAAAAAUAAGCGCAUCAUGCUCGCUCUGGACUCGGUCUUCGGGACCUCCGGACGCGGGCUAGUCAAGGCUCUUGCCGUGGGCGGGACGUACGUGCAGCUGGGAUUCCUGAGUGGGGCGGCAGGGGGUCCCAUCGCGAUUGAUCCCACGGAUCUGUUUGCGCGACAGCUGACGAUGAAGGGGUUCCGUGGGUCUGCGCAGGUGGGGCUGCGUUCUGCUGAGGAGCAGGUUGACUUGUUCAACUGGUUCGUGGAGCUGUUCAACAACGGAGAAUUGCAGCUGCCCGCGCUUGGCUUGCAAAAGGUGAAGUGGUCUGUUGGUAAUGCAGAAGGGAGCAAGGGGGCGCUUCUCGAGGCUGUGGAGCGCGCCAAGAGCGGUGCUCUGGGGCAGAGGAAGCAGAUCAUUCUCUUCGAGUAGGGGUUUGGCGGGUGGUUGCGGGACACAGAGCGCGUGGCAACUGCAACCAAAGCAGGAGUAGUGGGCGAAGCAUGGAGGCUGGGACUCGUCGAUAUUGAGACGGCAAGGGGCGGUGGAUCGUUACACGCCCUCCUGUUUUUAUACUCGAGUAGCCGGUAAAACAGAAUUAUGAGAGUGGUAUUUUUGCUCGUUUAUAGCCGCACCGUCAAUGUGCCGCAAAUGAAUCAACAGCCGCUCCUGGAGUGUUCUCCGUUCUAAAGAUGGAAAUCUAAUUAUCCCACUACUACUCACUACUGGUAUACUUUCGACUGUUUCUACCUCUGACUAUUACAAUUUCAUAC